AUGGAGGACGGCACUCUGACGAUCGACGACACAGAGCUUUCCGCUGACGACCAGCUCGCGGCUAAGGCUUCGCCGGAUUUGCUCGCGUCGGGCACCAGUCUUCAUGGCGGCCGCCGGCUCUCUGCGGGCUUCCUGGAGGGCUUCUUCACACUUCUGGAAGAUAUGGAGUGGGAAUGCACAAGCGUCGCCCUACCGAACCCUGAGGACAUUCCGCGAAACUACAAUGCCAAGAUGCAGGUGCGCGAGCGAGUGAGUGGCGCGGACGUGGAGUCAAUCUUCCCAGGGGCCGGCACCAAGCCUGGCAUUAUCGCAGAAGACGGGGUCUACUACAAAACCUGGACAGAGGAUGUCUUGGUCUUGGAGGGCCUCCGAGUGGCUGCGAAGAAGUUCGAGAUGCAUCCUCUCCAGACCCAGAUUGAAGUUACAGCCAAUGCCAUGAACGGAGCAAAGGCAGUUCUCGAUGCUAUGGGAGACACCGCAAGUCACUGCCGCCUUGGGCCGUCCCCGGUCUCUCUGGCCCUGGGCACGCUGGUGUCGAGUGCCUCUGGCCUUCGCUUGGUGGGUCUUACGCAGGAGAGCGGCCGAGUGCUGCGACAGUGGCGAAUGGAGGUGGGAGACACCAUGACCGACAAAGCCAGCGAAAUCUUCAAGUUCCACGGGCUUGUGGAUGUCAUAACCCUGGACUACUUCGAUGUGGACACGGACCCAACAGGCCUUUUCCAAUCAGGUCAUCCCUACCGUUUCUCGGAUUAUUCGGUAUUCUGGACAUUGAGGAAUUUCAGGCACAGCCUUCGGCUUGUCACGGUGGAGCAGAUGGACUUGUUGGGGGCAUUGGACUUCUUUGGUGUCAAGAAACUCUCCUCGGACUGCAUCGUGGCCAAUGUGAGA